CUUCAAGCUUAGUUCCAUCAACACCAUGCCGAUCGUGUACGCGCUCGUGUCGCGCGAGAAGACGGUGCUGGCUGAAUAUACAGCAACGUCGGGAAACUUCCCUACUGUGACGCGUGUGCUGCUGGCCAAGAUCCCACCGACGGACGGGCGCAUGUCGUACGUGUACGACCGCCAUAUUUUCCACUACAUCGUGGAGGGCGGCGUGACGUAUUUGUGCAUGGCGGACGACGACCUCAAGCGACGCGUGCCUUUUCUCUUCCUGGAAGACAUGAAGAAGCGCUUUCAAUCCGCAUACGGGGAGCGCGCACUCACAGCCAUCGCCUUCGCCAUGAACGACCAGUUCCAGCACGAGAUCCGUCACUUGCUCGACUAUUACAACGCCAAUCCAGACGCAGACUCGCUCUCGAGGGUCAAGCAGCAGAUUGACGACGUUAAGGAUAUUAUGGUGGAGAAUAUUGAAAAGGUGCUGGACAGAGGAGAAAAAUUUGAGCUGCUCGUGGACCGCACGGACAAACUGAACCGCCAGUCGGUCAAGUUCGAACGUUCAUCCACGCAGCUACGCAAGUCCAUAUGGAGACGCAACGUUAAGCUCUGGCUGCUGCUCGUGGGUAUUGGGCUCUUUGUCAUUUAUCUCGUCAUCUCGAUGGCCUGUGGUUUCGACUUCAGCGGCUGCUCCGGCAAGCGGGACGACGAGUGACCAGAUCCGUCUUUUGUCAUUUUAUGGAAAGUAAAACACGUUUGCAAACUCA